AUGGUGCGGGUGCGUUUUGCCAAGAAGGACCCCUCAGAAAGGCAUCGUAAACGUGCCGAACACUGCUUCCUCCUCAUCUUCUUCCCCCUCCUUGCUGCUGCCACGGCCUUCCCCGUCACCUCCGAGUUCGAACUCGGCAUCCAGAAGAGAAUCCACUUCCGCGUCUACUUCCACGAGACCUUUCUCGGCCCCGACAACAGCACCGUCACCGUAGUGAACAUGAGCCUCCCCUACACCUUCGGGGACGUCGACAUCUUCGACGCCGUGCUGAGGAUCGGCCCCUCCAAGUGGUCGACUGAAGUCGGAAAGGCGCAGGGCGUGAGCUUCCACGUGUCGCAGCGGGACGAGUCGUCGCUGAUACCGCUGGUGCUGGUGCUGGUGUUCACGGCGGGAAACUUCUGCGACAGCACGCUCACGGUGAUCGGGAGGAUCGACGCGUCCGGGAAGGCGGACCGGGCCAUCGUGGGAGGGACGGGGGUGUUCCAGUUCGCGUCGGGGAACGUGGUGAGCAAGCAGGUGACGUCCGAUGUCGCCGGACUCAUCGUCGCCUUCGAGGUCUACGUCAUGUACCAUAACGACGUCCGUCUCACUUCCAUCGCGUGA